AUGUUCUCCUCGCUGCUGCGUCGUCCUAGGGCUGGCCCCCGUCGAGUCGACCGUCGCCGCAACUCGAGUCCUUCUCCCUCGCCCGGUCCUGCUCGUAGGCGCUACACUCUCGAACGACAUGCCACAGCCGAUUUCACAGAAGCCGAUGAUGACGACGCCGAUGAUUCCCACGACGAGGGCAUGACCCGGUUCCACAGUAACGAUCGACAUGUUGACGAUGAUGGUGACGAAGAAGACGACCAAGACGAUGGACAGGACGAAGAUGGGAGAAGACGGGGUGGCCUGCCUGUUCUACCUUUGUUUUCUGCCAGCCACCUGGAUUCACUUCCUGUAUACAGCAUAACUCAUGCUAUUCGAGUGGUUGUUAGUGCCCGUACCGAGACGACGCUUUCCUGGGAUCAACUCCGAUCUCCUCAGGUUUCUCAGUUUCUUGUGAAACCUAUGCAGCAGCAAAUCCGAACUCAGCACUUCACCCGCGCCACUUUGUAUGCCCUCAUGGCAAACUGCCUCCAGUUUAACAAGGAGGGCGAACGAUAUCCAGGCAAUGCAGGAAUCAGUAGUACUCGCGCCAAGGUUUGCGAGUUGCUAGCUUUGAAGCUACUCAAAGAGUACAACACUCGGGAGCUCAUCGAUGCCCUUGCCUACGACUUUUACCCCCUGCAAGGCUUGCCUGGAGCUGGGGUACCAAACUCACCUCGUAGGACACCACCUUCGCCCAAGCUACCCCUGAUUGCGUCCCGAACAUCAACCCUCGAGGUUGCGAUCCGAGCCUCGGCCAAGCACUUUCUCGCCCACCCUCUUGUCGUCCAACAGCUGGAGGCUAUCUGGAGCGGCGCCAUUACCUUUCACUCGUCCGCCGACAGCCUACAUCGUGAACCACCACCGGACGCAGGUCGCAAUGGAAAUGGGCACAUUGGCAAGGCGGAUGACAGGACGCCCUUGCUGGGGCAUCAGUCUAUAGAUUCGCACUAUGUUCCACCAGGGCGACGUACGGCCAUACUCUACGACCCUCGACAGGCGUCUCUUUUCAAGCUUUCUCGACUCCGAGUUCCUCGCUAUAGAUCGUUUCUCUCUACGAUAUCUCUCGCAGUCUUGAUUUGCCUCUUCCUUGCCGUUCUCACGGAACGUUCAGUCCAGAUCACCGGCCUAGAAUUGGUUUUUUGGUUUUGGAGCGCAGGAUUUAUGCUGGAUGAGCUCGUCGGUUUCAACGAGCAGGGAUUCGCCCUCUACAUCAUGAGUUUCUGGAACAUCUUUGACCUGGGCAUCCUUCUGCUGCUCAUCGUCUACUACUGUAUGCGAGCAUACGGUGUUUUUCUGGUAGAUCCCCACCAUUGGAACGACAUGGCCUACGAUGUGCUUGCAGCCAACGCGAUCCUCCUUCUCCCGCGCAUCUUCAGCAUCUUGGAUCACUACCAGUACUUUUCACAACUCCUCAUCGCCUUCCGGUUGAUGGCCGUCGAUCUCGCUGCUGUUUUCAUCCUGAUCUUGAUCCUCUGCAGCGGCUUUUUCUUCUUCUUCACGCUAUCUAAGAACUCGUUUGGCGCCAGUGACGUUGCCUAUAAGAUCUUUCAGAUUCUUAUGGGAUUCACACCAGCGGCCUGGGAGGUGUGGGAUGCGUACAACUGGCUGGGGAGGGGCCUUUUGGUCCUAUUCCUGAGCAUCACCCAUUUCCUGGUUGUGACUAUCCUGAUUACCGUCUUGACAAACUCGUUCAUGGCAGUGUCGUCCAAUGCCAAUGAAGAACAUCAGUUCCUCUUUGCCAUCAACACCAUCUCCAUGGUUAAGAACGACGCAUUGUUCUCGUACAUUGCCCCCAGCAACAUCUUUGCCUGGCUCCUUAUGCCCCUUCGGUAUUUCAUGCCGUUGAGGCUGUUUGUCUGGCUGAAUCGGACCGUGAUCAAGGCCACACAUUUCCCAGUGCUCUUCUGCAUCUAUCUGUACGAGAGAUACUGGCUGGCACCAUCCAUGUACGAGCCGACUGAUCUGGUGGAACACCCAACCCGUGACCGAGGUCGAGCAAUUUCUUUCAUGGACCCAGCGAGCAGGGCAGCCAUUUUCAGCCCCAGUGUAAGGGUUCGUGAGGAGUCGGUUGCUGGUUUCCAGAAAGAUCGAGCUCUCGAGGAGGUGUUCUUGCGAGUCCCCGAUCCCGUCACGCUCAGGACACAGAGGCGGAACGAAAGACGCAAGACACAGACGGCCAUCCGUAAUUGGAUGGAUCAGCAUGACGACACUGGUACUUCGCCAGGCAACUGGCCAGCAAUGGACAGUGCCAUGCCUCCUUGGCAAAGGAGGAUGAGUGUGGGCUUUGAUCGCGCAACAAAUCUGAGACGCGUCUCUGAUGUUAGAUCAACGGCGAGUGAUCCUGCUGAUCGAAUGUCCAAUGCAGGCCAAACCCUCCGACCCUCCCAUUUCUCGAGGACUCGGUUGACUGCUGAGAUGGCCGAAUACAAGGACCAGACGGAUGCGGAUGCGGAUGGCGAUGAUGAGCUGGUCACAAAUGACGAGGACGAAGACGAUCAUGGCACGAAUGCUGGGCGGAGUCAAGCAGCCAGCAGCCAUCGAAUUGAUGAGGAACCAGAGGAUGGAUACUUCACGCCAAUGCCUGGCAACUUUGGAAAACUCGCCUCAUCUGUAAGCUCAUCGGGCAAGGGUGCUCCAACUCCCCGAGCAAGAAGAGCUGGCCAUAACCGAACGCUGUCGACCAACACGAUACUAUUCAACCCACAAGAUAUCAAGCAGAUUCAGGGCGCUUCGCCGGUGUCACCUCCCCACGGAGCACAGUCUCGCCCAAGAACGAGUGGACGCACAACCGCUGGAGAAAAGACGCCACGACGCAGCUCACCCCGUCGCUCCUUGUACGUGGCGAACACAAAGCCUCGGCCAACAAUGCCGCCACGGGGUAUGACGGAAGCGGGAGGUGUUAGUCGGUCCGCCCUGCUCAGUAUCGAGCCGCGAAACCGUCCAAAGGAUAUCAGGAGGCUCUCGUCGUUAGAUUUGAGCACCAUGUCGGACCACCUAGGUGCAGGCGAUCCCAUUGGAGCCAUGCCCGGAAGCUUCCAGACGCAGAUGGCGAUGGCGAUGAUGAAGGACAACCGGCUGCGGGCGGCCGGAGGUGAUACAGGGGAUCGUGAUAGGAUGGGAAGGCUGGUGCUGGCUCGAAUGAAGACACUAGAGGAAAGCUUUGCAGAUAUCAUCAAGGAGAUGCGGGACCUGAAGAACUCAUCCACGGCCCCUACGACCCGGCGUAACUCUUCGGGUGACGAGGCCAGAAUGGCCCCGUUGAUUGAGGUUGCUGGACGGGAUCGACUACGGAAGUACAAGCUUGAGAGCGGGAACCGAAAGGUAGCAGCGUCUAAGCGACCUGCCAGUCGGAGAAGUAUGAAGGAGACAGGCCUGUGGGAUCACAAGGCCAAGGGGAAGGAGGUGGCAUACGAGUCAGACGAUGAAGCGGAGACGGACGACAGUCUCUUUCAGAAGGGCGGCUCACUGUAA